GUGCCCGGAGUUUUUAUUCGUCUAAAUUAUUAUUUAAGCAGCGCAUGAUUUUUGUUGUUGUGUGCAUUAAUAAUUAAACGGAAUUGCUAGUUUAUUAAAUUAUCUAGGAGAUAUUCGGAAAACUUGCGUUAGGUUUUUUUUUUUUUUACUAAUCUUAUACUUUUCCUACAUAGUGCAUGAUUGAAAUUCAUAAUCCGACUUCCUAAUUUAUACGUUUUUUUGGGAGGUGAAAAAAGUUACGAUUUUUUUUCGCAUUCAUGGUAGGCUACACAAUCAAUGCAAUGCGAUUGCUUUUCGAUGUUAUGCUCAGCACGCUCACAGUCUAGGCUACCAUAGGCUACCUCAUGAGAAUGUGCCUGGGACGGGUGCCAAGGACCACACCCAUUUAGGCUAGCGAUCUGGGUCUCUGGGGGGAUGUGCUUAGUGUCUGUGCUGUAAGGGACACAAGGGCCAUUAGGGAGAAAGCAGAGGAAAUAAAAGUAAAUCACGUAAACAGGUGAUGUAGCUAAUGAUCAAAAUAAAAAUACAUGUUGUCCCUUAUAAUGCACCAUGAAGAAUGUGACUACUUUGCAAUAGUUAUUGUUCUGAUGUCAGGAAUUGGAUGUUAAUACAGCAGCAUUGCUUUAACAGUGUUCGACAACAUUCCAUUUUCUACAUGAUGUAUUGCCUUUGUAUAGCAGGUGCACUGCCAGUACUGUGACUGCUGCAGGGUGUUGGUCAGUGGAGCUGCAGACGACUGGUCAGUGGGUGUCUGUCUGGCCUGUCUCUGUCUGUCUGUCUGUUUGGGUGAGCAGGACAGGAGGUGCCAUGGCUAACAGGGGACCAAGCUACGGCCUGAGCAAGGAGGUGCAGGAAAAGAUAGAGCUGAAGUAUGAUCUGGACCUGGAGGCCCGGCUGGUGGACUGGAUCGUAGCUCAGUGUGGGGGGAACCUGGAGAGACCACAGCCAAGCAGACAGAACUUCCAGACCUGGCUGAUGGAUGGAACAAUUCUGUGUAGGCUCAUCAAUAGCCUGUACCCGCGUGGUAAUGAGCCCAUCAAGAAGAUUCUGGAGACCCAGAUGGCCUUUAAGCAGAUGGAGAAGAUCUCCCAGUUCCUGCAGGCUGCCGAGGCCUACGGAGUCAUCACCACAGACAUCUUCCAGACCGUGGACCUGUGGGAAGGGCAGGACAUGGCUGCGGUGCAGAGAACCUUGAUGGCCCUAGGAAGUGUUGCCCUCACCAAGGACGAUGGACAUUACCGUGGCGACCGAGACUGGUUCCACAGGAAAGCUCAGGGUUACCGGCGGGAGUUCUCUGAGGACCAGCUUCGUCAGGGCCAGAGUCUGAUUGGUCUACAGAUGGGCAGCAACCGUGGGGCCUCGCAGUCCGGCAUGACGGGCUACGGAUCGCACCGCCAGAUCAUGUAGAGACACAAGCCAGCUGCCCAGCCAGCUGCCAGCCACUCCCUUAGCCUGGCGGUGUACUCCAGUUACUGGACCUCCAGAAGAGAGCUCCACCACAUUCCCUGAACCUCAUGAAAUGACCCAACCCCUUUUUCCCCUUCCCCAGCAACACCAGCCAUACAUUCAUUCAUUCAUUCAUUCAUACAUACAUACAUACAUACAUACAUACAUACAUACAUACACACAUUUCUAUUGUUCGUGCCCAACACCCGAACAGGGUGCUCCAUAUACCACAACCACACCAUGAUUCCUACAGACCUCAGUAGUUUCUGCUUACCCCACACCCACUCUCCAGUCCUCCUUGGUCCUGCUCUCUCCAUCCAUAUAGUCCUGCUCUCUCCAUCCAUAUAGUCCUGCUCUCUCAGGCCUGCUCUCUCCAUCCAUACGGCACUGCUCUCUCCAUCCAUAUGGUCCUGCUCUCUCCAUCCAUAUAGUCCUGCUCUCUCAGGCCUGCUCUCUCCAUCCAUAUGGUCCUGCUCUCUCCAUCCAUAUGGUCCUGCUCUCUCCAUCCAUGCGGUCCUGCUCUCUCCAUCCAUACGGUCCUACUCUCUCCAUCCAUACGGUCCUGCUCUCUCCAUCCAUACGUUCCUGCUCUCUCCAUCCAUACGGUCCUGCUCUCUCCAUCCAUACGGUCCUGCUCUCUCCAUCCAUACGGUCCUGCUCUCUCCAUCCAUACGGUCCUGCUCUCUCCAUCCAUACGGUCCUGCUCUCUCCAUCCAUACGGUCCUGCUCUCUCCAUCCAUACGGUCCUGCUCUCUCCAUCCAUACGGUCCUGCUCUCUCCAUCCAUACGGUCCUGCUCUCUCCAUCCAUACGGUCCUGCUCUCUCCAUCCAUACGGUCCUGCUCUCUCCAUCCAUACGGUCCUGCUCUCUCCAUCCAUACGGUCCUGCUAGCCAUUCCCUUCAGUGGAUACAGAGAACCCAAGAUUGGAGUCGUCCCUCUACAAAACAAGCCAAUAGUAUUUUACACUACUACCAAAUAUAACAGCAAGACCAUGUUAUAGUAUGUUACAUAUUUGAAUUAUUUAGCUCUUUAUUUGUUUGUUUGUAUGUACAGUAAGUGUGUCUGAGUCAUUGUAUAGUCAUGGAGGGUUUGCUAUACCUCAUGAGAUGUUUCAUGUAUAACCGAAUGGAUCUCGACGAGCGAUGAUGCCUCUGCUGUCUUGUGUUAAUUAUGUGAAGACUUUGCAGUAACUGCUGUAACCAAAUGACCAUCACGUUGUGUCUGGUUACUACAGCAAACAGACAUUAAACUAUGCCUUAUAUAAGAAAUGUCACCCACCAUAAUGCAGAGGAAUUCAAAGGCAUGUAUUCAGUUCUGCCGCCUGGUCCUGUGCUGUGCAUUUAUAACAUAUGUGUAAUUCUAAUGUAUGUACUGGAUGUGUCAUUUAACAUUUACAUUUAAGUCAUUUAGCAGACGCUCUUAUCCAGAGCGACUUACAAAUUGGUGCAUUCACCUUAUGACAUCCAGUGGAACAGUAGUGCAUCUACAUCUUUUAAGGGGGGGUG